UGAGAAGAAGAGGCGAGAGCGACCCCUGGACCGAUUUAAAGCCAGCGCGCCACUGCAACCCCGUGUCCAGCGCCUACGUCCCGCCGCCGCAGCCACCAUGCCCAAGAGAAAGGCUGAAGGGGAUGCUAAAGGAGAUAAAGCCAAGGUGAAGGACGAACCACAGAGAAGAUCUGCAAGGUUAUUUGCUAAACCUGCUCCUCCAAAGCCAGAGCCCAAGCCUAAAAAGGCCCCUGCAAAGAAGGGAGAGAAGGUACCCAAAGGGAAAAAGGGGAAAGCUGAUGCUGGCAAGGAUGGGAAUAACCCUGCAGAAAAUGGAGAUGCCAAAACAGACCAGGCACAGAAAGCUGAAGGUGCUGGAGAUGCCAAGUGAAGUGUGUGCAUUUUUGAUAACUGUGUACUUCUGGUGACUGUACAGUUUGAAAUACUAUUUUUUAUCAAGUUUUAUAAAAAUGCAGAAUUUUGUUUUACUUUUUUUUUUUUAAGCUAUGUUGUUAGCACACAGAACACUUCAUUGUUGUUUUUUGGGGGAAGGGCACGUCACUAACAGAAUGUCUCCGAAGCUGAAUUGACGUGGGGGAAAAAGACCUUUCCCGUCUAGUUUUGAGAGACUUCCUCUUGGUUCCCAGGAAGGAGGGAUUCCUUGAUGUUGACACACAUUAGCCACCUUGGCACAAACACCUUGUGGUGUGGAGAAACUAAAAUUUAGUUUUUAUGUCCUCUCUCCCUCUCCACCUCAGCAUAGACUUGACUCCCCUAAACCCAGAGACCUGUUGGAACCUGAACCCAGCGACCCCCCAAAAUUGAUGACCAGUAUGUCAGGCAAUCUGGACUUCCUAGUGUCACCAUUGAGAUGGCGUCCUUCAAAAGAGCAGCGGUUCCUUUUUUAAACUGUGGCUCCUCAGAGUGGUACUUCGGCCAUUUCCAUUUCCAUUUCCUGAAAGUCAGGGUCGGCUUGUGAAAAGUUGUUAAACAACAUGCUAAAUGUGAAAUGUCAACCCUCACUCUAAACUUUCCCUGUUCAGAGCAUCACAUGAAGAUUUCAUUGGGUUUUAUAGUGGCUUUCUGAUUUUGGUAGUCCAUUGAAAAAGGGAGUUUGAAAGUUGUAUACUGUUAACGAUUGUCUGCCCAUGUCCUGCCUGAAAUACCAUGAUUGUUUAUGAAAAGUAUCUUUAAUAAAGCUGGAUACAGUUUG